CACACACACACACACACACACACACACACACACACACUUACCUGCAGCCAUGGCAGAAGAGCAGAUUUCUCCUCUGAAGGAUUUUCUUAUCACUUACAUCAUGCCAGAAAAGUGUUAUGAGCAUCUGUUCCUCAGUCUGAACCUGACACACGGGCCGUGUCUGAAGAUUGUGCUGAGUAAGAUCUUGAGUGUGUGGCUGCUGGGAGAACUCAUAGCGCCGGUGCUACAGAUCUGGGUGGUGGUGCAGGGCGGCAGUGCUGAGGGUCUCAGUUUGGUGUCUGUGCUUCUGCAGCUGCUCGCAGUCUCGGCUCACACAGCGGCCUGUAUACUACACACAUUCCCCAUCGGGGCCUAUGGAGAGAGUGUGUUUGUGUUGGUCCAGUGUGUGCUGCUGGUUUUCCUUAUCCAGUAUUACAAAGGCAAUACCAUAUCAGGUUGUGUUCUCCUCAGUGUGUAUUCCGGUGUGAUGUACCUGUUGACCUCAGCUCUGAUCCCUGAGGUCGUUGUCAUGACGAUGCAGGAGUGGAGUGUGCUGAUCAUCAUCACCAGCCGGUUGAUCCAGGCAGGCUGUAAUCUGAACAGUGGUUCCACGGGGCAGCUCUCUCGUGCAAGUGUGUUUUUGGUGUUUCUGGCAUCUCUGGGACGUGUCUUCCGAUCCACACAGGAGUCUCACUCUCUCCACUCUCAGGCCUGUGUUCUGUCUGCGUGCUGCUCUCUGCUGCUCCUCAUCCAGAUUCAGAUUUACCCAAAACCUCCAACGAGCAGAGAGACGACAAAGAGGAAGAAAGAGGAAUAGAGAGAGGGAGAGAGAGAGAGAGAGAGAGAGAGAGAGAGAGUUGUCUAUGAUUAAUUAAUGAGACGUCAUAAAUGUACCUCACUGUCCACAAACAAACGCAGCUCAUUCUGUGUUUUAUAAACUGUUACUUCUGUAAAAAUACCUCAUGCUUUAAAGAUAAAAAUAAAACUUUCUUUCUGAAAGUAUGGAAGAUAAAGUUCAAAAACACAUGUGAAGCACUGAAUCUGUGAUGCGAGUGACACACAGGUGUGAGAACGCUGAAACUUUCAUGUAAUUCUUUUAUGUUGAAACCAAAUCUUUCUUCAUUUGAAGAUUGUGAACUUUAACCACACUUUAAAUUCUAAAACUUUAUUUCUGGUCGAGAUGCAAAACAGAGACGUGUAUAUUUCAACUCGGAAUUU